AUGAUACUUGCAGUCUUGUUCGCCAACUCGGAAGGCAACAUCCUAGUUGAACGUUUCAAUGGAGUUCCUGCUGAAGAACGGCUGCAUUGGCGAUCUUUCCUAGUCAAACUAGGGGCAGAAAAUCUUAGGGGUGUGAAAAAUGAAGAGCUCCUUGUUGCUUGCCACAAGUCAGUUUACAUUGUUUACACUGUGCUUGGGGAUGUCAGCAUCUAUGUUGUGGGCAAGGAUGAGUAUGAUGAACUAGCCUCUGUGAAGGAUGUAUGUGGGAAGCCUCCAACUGAGCGCCUUUUCCUGGAUAAGUAUGGAAGAAUUUGCUUGUGUCUGGAUGAAAUUGUUUGGAAGGGGUUGCUGGAGAAUACGGAAAAAGAUAGAAUCAAGAGACUAAUAAGGUUAAAACCUCCUACUGAGUUUUAA